AUGCCGCCAAAACAACAAGCUAGUAAAAAAACCGAGCAAAAACGGAAGGAAAAAGUCAUUGAGGACAAAACCUUCGGACUCAAGAAUAAGAAGGGAAACAAAACGCAAAAAUUUGUUCAACAAGUCGAAAAUCAAGUUAGAAACAAUAAUACACGUAUGGAUUUGGUGAGAAAAGCUGAGGAGGAAAAGAAAAAGAAGAAAGAUGAACUUUUGGAUAUGGCCAAUCUUUUGCGGCCUGUUGAGCAAAAAAUUGCCAAAGGUAGGCUUUUUUGUUGAAAAAUAAAAAAAUAAUCGGGUCAAGAUCUUUUGCAUGAAAUUUGUUACAGACGUCGAUCCAAAAUCGAUGCUCUGCGUUUUCUUCAAACAAGGACUUUGUGGAAAAGGAGCAAAAUGCAAAUUCAGUCACGAUUUGGCAGUCGCCCAAAAAACCGCCAAGAAAAAUCUCUACGUUGAUAGCAGAGAAGUCGACAAGGAUGAGACCAAUGAAAAUUGGGAUCAAGAACAGUUAACCGAAGUUGUGAACAAGAAAAAUAAAGGGGGAAAUACUAUUGAUAUUGUGAGUAUAAUUAUAAAUAAUAUGGGGUUAUGAAGGAAAGAAAAUCAAUGAUUUUUAGGUUUGCAAAUAUUUCAUCGAUGCUGUUGAAGUUAACAAAUAUGGAUGGUUUUGGGAAUGUCCAAAUGGCGGUGAUAAAUGUCAAUAUAAACAUUGUUUACCUGAAGGAUAUGUGUUGAAAAAAGAUCGAAAAGCGAUGGAUGCACAAAAAGAAGAUGAGAUUAGUAUUGAAGAAUUGGUUGAGAAAGAGGUAGAAUUUCAGCCAGAAAAAUAGAAUUAAUCAAAAUAAAAUUGCAGCGCGCCGCUCUAUCCUCGAAAGAUUUGACCAAAUUAACUCUACAAACUUUCAUCGCGUGGAAGAAGAAAAAAUUGAGAGAACGAAAACAGAAAGAGGAGGAUGACAUAAAAGCGAAGAAGGAGAAAAUUAAGUCGGGAAAAAGUGUACGUUUUUUUGUUUUUUGAAAAGAGAUUGGAUUUUGGAGAGCAAGUUUUGGGAGAUUUUUGCAUGAAAUUGUUCAAUUUUCAAUGCAAAAAUCAGGCCCUUUCACCCAAUUUGAACAUUUUCAAAAUUAAUUUUCAGAACGGUAUGUCUGGUCGUGAAUUGUUCACUUUCAAUGCGAAUUUGGCUUUGGACGACGAUGACGAAGCUGGAGAUAUUGAAAUGGAAAAAGAGGAAGUUGAUGUAUGUUUUUCCCCUAAAAAUGUUCUCGGUUGCUAAACAAAAUUGUGAAAUUCUUUAGGAAAACGAAAAAGUGUUUGAAAUCGACGCGAACUUCUUCAAAUUCGAUGGAAUGGAUGAUGAAUUGAAUGAUCAGAUGAGCAAUUCGACGGUUGCUGUUGAAUCUACUGCUGGAGGUGCGUUUUUUUGGGGGUAUUUUUGAAAUCACAAAUGGAAUUCGAAUUUCCACGUCAUAAAUCACGUCUCAAAUUUUGGUUUAAAAUUUGUUCUGCAACAUGUUUUAGAAAAUUAGAAAUUUCCUUACAAAAUUUCAAACGAAGUCCAAAUACAAGAUUCCUAUUUUCUCAUAUUAAAAUUGAAGACCCUAGAUUUUUGCUGAAUUUUUCUGACUACAAUUUGAAGGGUCCUUUUAAAAAGUUUUGAGCCUGUGCAGAAAAACGUCGAAAAAGCAAAAUAUACGGAAUAUUAUAUUCAUUAGACACAUCGGUUAGAUAUAGCGUUAAAUUGAGAUAUUCUAGAGAACUAUUAUAUUUUCUUGCCUGCACUCUCAAUAUUCCCUAAUCUAUAAUCAAAAUAAUACUCUGUAUAUUUUGUUUUCGACGUUUUUUUGCGUGGGAAAACUACUUUUUUGUGCCUAUUGCAUUCGCAAAAAAUUCACUGUUUCAAAAUUUUUCUUUAUAAAAAUUUUGAAAUGUUCUUACAAUGAUGUGAAUUCAUAGAAUUGUUCAGUAUAAAUCUGGAAUUUUCAACACGAGUUUUGAAUACUGUUGAAAAAAUCCCGAGUUCCACAAAUAUCUCUAUUUUCGUAAAUUUUUAAAAAUCAAAAUUUGCAAAAUCUAUCGAGUUCCCCUAACUUGCUCAAAAAUAACGCUCUUCAUUUUUAUUUUUAUUUGCAAACCCAACCACGUGUGGGUUUUCUCAUCCUUUAUUUCAUUUUCUGUUCUUUUUUGUUUCGUUUCUCUCUUUUUUUCCAAUCUUUUAUCAUCUCUUAUCGUUAUAUUUCCAAUAGUCAGAGAAAAGCAUUUUUUUUGAAGAUAUUUGAACUAUUGAUUGUUUGACCUCCUGAAAAUGUUGGGAUUUUUUGAGUAGCUUAAAUUUGAACGCAGUUAGAAAUAAAUUAUCGAAUUUUUACUGUUUCAGAAUUUUUGACUAUAUUUGAAACUGUAGAAAUUUGAAAUUGUAAAUUUUCGAAAUUUGGCGGCACAAUUUCGAAUUUAAAUAAAAUAUUCAAAGCCUAAAUUUCUGCGCUCUCUCAAUUUUUCAUUGUCUCUGUAUAUUUUGAUUUUCGACUUUUUUAGGAAAAAAUAUUAGUUUUUGUUACAUUUUAUUAAUUCCAGCCAACAAUUCCUAAUUUCUCUAUUUUUUCAGCUGUCAGCAAAAUGGCAAUCAACGAAGAUCUUUUCAAUAUUGACGAAGAUGUUGAAGGACUUGAUUCGGAUGAAGAUUAA